AUGUCCAAAAUGAAGCAAGACUAUGCUCUUGAGCUUCCAAUGGCGCCCACCGGGAUCACUGUCAUCAUAGUCGGUCUCGGGGUUGCUGGUCUCACUGCGGCUAUUGAAUGUCACCGCAAAGGACACACCGUGAUUGGGUUUGAGAAGGCAGAAAAGUCACGGCAAAUUGGUGACGUGUUUGGAAUUUCUAGCAAUGGAGCACUGGUAAUCGAUCAGUGGGGUAAUGGAGUGGUAGCAGAGCAGCUGGAUAGUAUCCGGGGAGUUCCUGAUUCCACUGACAUGCAUAACUCUGCCGGCGAACUCCUCCAGAAAAACCCGACAUUUGGUGUGCGACCAGGUGAGGGAUAUCUGGUAAACAGAGCAGAAGCGGUUGAGGUCUUCUACCAGCAUGCGAAGAAGCUAGGUCUAGACCUUCGAUUUGGAAUUACGGUGUCGGAAUACUGGGAGACGGAGCAUGAGGCUGGAGUGAUUGCGAACGAAGAAAAGGUCAAUGGGGACUGUGUCAUUGCCUGUGAUGGCAUUCAUAGUAAAGCCAGACCGAUCAUUACUGGAGACAGUGCCGGCCCUAAGAAGACUGGUAGCGCAACUUAUCGUGCCAGCUUUGACAGUGACUGUGUUGGUAAAGAUCCUGAUGCCCAAUGGCUGCUUGAUGGUCGGGGAAAAACCGACAAGCUGAAUUACUUCAUUGGAGAAAACAUUCUCAUCAUCAUUGGUACCAUGAAGUACGGAAAAGAAAUCUUCUGGUCUUGUGUUCACAAGAGCUUCCAUGAUGUUUCCGAGCCCUGGCUUCAAGUGUCAGAUGUUAAGCAUGUCCUUGACUACAUUGAAGACUGGCCAUUUGCCAAGCAACUCCAAUCGGUCAUCGGCAAAACCCCCCAUGGUAAAUGUUAUGAUCACUUGGUCCUAAGUAUGGAACCAAUUGACCGAUUCGUGUCAAGAAAGGGACGGUUGAUGGUCAUUGGAGAUGCUGCUCACCCCUUCCUACCCACUACAGGCCAAGGAGCCAGUCAGGCGAUUGAAGAUGGAGCCGUUGUGGCCAUCUGCUUAGAAAAAGCUGGAAAAGAGCGAGUGACUUUGGGUUUCCGCAUGUUCGAGAAACUCAGACAAAAAAGAAUUUCAUUGAUCCAGAAAUCUGGAUUGAAGAUUCUUCAAAAUCUACAUAGGGCACAAUUCGACACCGAGAAUCAGAAUGAGAAUCCUAACACCAUUUCCCGUCCCUUGUGGAUCCAUGGCCACAACUGUCAGCGACACACAUAUGAAGAGUGGCCUAAGGCUUUGAAUGCCGUGAUCACUGGUGGGAAGUAUAUACCAACAAAUAUCCCUGCAGAUGGCAUAUACCGCCUGGUCGAUGAAGGAAAAAAUAUCAGCUCGGCCAUCUUAACGGAACGCGGGAAUUAA